CUGGGCGGCAGCGUGCGGGGCAGCCUGCGGCUGCCGGGAGCGGGGGCGCGGCCGGGCGAGGCCUAGUGCCGGCCUGGCGGCUGCCACCCCCCCCGUACCCCCACCGGGGGCGCCGCGCGGCGGGCAGGGGCCCGGCCACCGGGGCAGCCCCGGGUGUGCCGGCAGCUCGGGUGCCCGCCGCGGGGCUGGCCGGCUCGGGGGGCGGCCCUGGCCGGCCCCGGGGCCGCCGUCCUCCGUCGGGAUCGCUCUCCGUUUACCCGGGCGCAGGGGCCGUGAGGCGCCGGUAGAGGCACACGGUGGCCGUGGGGAGGCAGACGGUGGCCGUGCAGAUGGCCACUUGCCUUCGGGCCUGCGGGCAGCCCGGUGCUGCGGGAGGCCCCGCACAGCACCGGCCCCGCAUGGGCAGCUUUGGAGCGGGCGCCUGAGCUCAAGAUGGUCACAAGCCCUUUCCCUCUGGCCUUGCUCCCUGGGGAGCGGGUAGCUCUGGUCCCGAGGCCCUGGCCUCUCCGCCAGCCUUUAACAUCUUUUUACAUCUUUUUCCCUUUUUUUUUUCCUGUUGCAUCUUUGUAUUUUCCAGCAGCAGCCGUGCAUCCUCUAGAGCGGUGGUUCGGUGGCGUGGCCGCUCGCUCCGGAGGAGAUAACUAUCCUAAAUUGUUUAAGGACCCUCACGCAAUAAGAUGGUUGAUAAGUGGAAGGAGUGAAGGGGUUAGAUCUGGAGCCGAUCUGUAAAGAGGAAUCUGUUAAUUUUGUUGCGGUCUUGUGGUAGAAAUGUUUAACUGCUUGAGAGGGUAAGGAGGGAUGAUGGAAGAGGAGGGGGCUGCUCUGUGGAGCAAGGUGGGUCAUGAUACCAAUACUCUUACAUUACUGGCUUCGUGCCACCUUGCGGCUUCUCCCUCGGAUGCAAAAUGUUCUCUCAUUUGUGUGCAAUAAAACUGAUUUCUUUUAAUGGCCGUGUCCCCCUCAGGUAGGGUACCUCUUGCGUGGAUGCUGUCGAUUUUAUUGUGAAGCAGGCUUAGCCUGUCGGCGGGAGACAGUUUUUAAUCGAAUCUGUGAACAUAAACGAGGUUUCAGCAGAGUAAUGUCUCUUGCUGCCUUCUCUUGUGUCUCAAGUAACUUAACUGCUGUGUUAUCUGAAAUGCAGUAUUACUUUGUCAAAACCUGGCAGGGUGUGACUGGGGAGAAGAUUGCUCUUCAUGUGCCAGGUUUCUUGGAAUUCCUGUCCCUGAGAAUCUGUCGGGAGGGAAUGCUGGAGGCAGGAUACUGGUACAGAUACGUCUUUGGUCUAGUCCAUUAAAUAAUUUGUAUCUCAGGCACAGAGUUGAAAUGUUAGUCAGCUGGGAGGAAAUUAAUGCAGAAGUCCAUUCCCUUAGCCUAGAAGAAAUGCCCGUGAUUUUGAGGUUUCCCAUACCAAAUCCAAUAUCCCUUUGAAUGUGAGAUUUGUGCAGCUGAUGGAAGUUUUUUUAACUUCUGAAUAAUCUUCAAGCGGCUGGAAGCUUGCAGGGAUUGCAGACAUUCCAGGUGGUUUUAUUAAUAAUGUAUCAGGGUUGAACUACGCUUCUUGGUGAGUUGAGAUCAUGUGGUUUGCUAAUAUAAGAAAUGGGUUCCUGUGGAACAGCGCAGUGUGCUACGAAAUGUUUGGCCUGUGCGGUUCCCUGAUGAAAUUCAGCUGAAACCUGUGUGCUUUCCUCCCGUCCCUUGCAAUUUGUUUUCCUUGUCAGCUCGUGACUUUGCAGGUGUGUCCUGCGUGGCAGGAGAAAACCUCCUGGACUAGCCACUGAGAUUUGGCACUUGGAAAAGUGACAGAACAAACGCUGCCCUGAAAGCGCCAUGAGAAAUGUUUAUGGAAAGAAAGAUAAGCAAGGCCUCGAGCGACAGGGGAUUGGAGAGCCCAGCGUGUACCACGCCGUGGUGGUUAUUUUCCUGGAAUUCUUUGCCUGGGGGCUGCUGACCACGCCGAUGCUGACGGUGUUACACCAGACUUUUCCUCAGCAUACAUUUCUGAUGAACGGCCUGAUUCAUGGAGUCAAGGGUCUGCUUUCUUUUCUAAGUGCCCCACUGAUUGGUGCUCUCUCCGAUGUCUGGGGCAGGAAAUCCUUCCUCCUCCUCACUGUCUUCUUCACCUGUGCGCCAAUUCCCCUUAUGAAGAUCAGUCCAUGGUGGUAUUUUGCUGUCAUUUCCAUGUCUGGAGUCUUUGCUGUCACCUUUUCUGUGAUUUUUGCCUACGUUGCCGAUAUCACACAGGAGCAUGAACGCAGCACGGCGUAUGGCUUGGUGUCAGCCACGUUUGCUGCUAGUCUGGUCACAAGCCCAGCAAUUGGGGCGUACCUUUCCCAAGCCUAUGGCGAUACGCUGGUGGUUGUGCUAGCUUCAGGUGUUGCUUUGCUGGAUAUUGGUUUCAUCCUGCUGGCUGUGCCGGAGUCUCUGCCAGAAGAGAUGCGCCCGGUCUCUUGGGGAGCUCCAAUCUCUUGGGAACAAGCAGACCCGUUUGCUUCCUUGCGGAAGGUGGGUCAGGAUUCUACAGUGCUGCUCAUCUGUAUCACAGUCUUUCUCUCCUACCUUCCUGAAGCCGGACAGUACUCCAGCUUUUUCCUGUACCUGCGACAGGUCAUUGGUUUUUCCUCGGAGACUGUGGCAGCCUUUAUUGGUGUAGUUGGAAUUCUCUCUAUACUGGCUCAGACAGUAGUGUUGGGAAUUCUCAUGCGUUCGAUAGGAAAUAAAAACACCAUCCUGUUGGGACUAGGCUUCCAGAUCCUGCAGCUUGCCUGGUACGGGUUUGGAUCGCAGCCUUGGAUGAUGUGGGCAGCAGGAGCUGUGGCUGCAAUGUCUAGCAUCACCUUCCCAGCCAUCAGUGCCAUGGUGUCUAGGAACGCGGACCCCGACCAACAGGGUGUGGUGCAGGGGAUGAUCACUGGAAUUCGGGGUCUGUGUAACGGCCUGGGGCCGGCGCUCUAUGGCUUUGUCUUCUAUCUUUUCCACGUGGAGUUGAAUGAAAUGGCUGAGGUGGAGACUUUGGGUAAGGCCUCCAGACCCAACAUGGCCAACCCUACCGAUGAGAGCAGCAUUAUCCCGGGGCCUCCGUUCCUGUUUGGGGCUUGUUCUGUCCUGCUGUCGCUCCUGGUCGCCUUGUUCAUUCCAGAACACAAUCUUGCACUGAGAUCAGGCAGCCACAAGAAGCACAGUAACGGAGCCCAGACCCACCCCCACAGCCCGCAGGCCGGCGGAUCAGACGGCAAGGAGCCCCUGCUUGAGGACAGCAGUGUAUGAGGUUGGGAGAGAAGGAACGUGGCUUGCGUCUCAGCUCCAGAUCAAGGAUGGACUUAGCCAGUGGGAGUUUGGGGAGAGAGGGUGGGGGGAGAGAAGAAAUGAGGUAACAGACUGUGCCGCUAAGCUAAUGAGAAGGAACAGGGUUUCCCUUCAAGACAAAUAUACCCAGCUGGUACAAAAGUGGAAUUGUAUCAUCUGGUGCUGAUGGAAAGGGGAGAGAUGGAGCUGCUCCACGGGAAGGGAGAGUUCCUCAAAGCAAACCCACCCUUGUACGUGAAUACUGAACUUCACGGUGUGACCUGCCAAAUCCUCACCUCGCCAGCGAAAAAUCAAGGAGCUAGCGUUGUCUUUGUUCUAACGUGAGCUAACUGGCUUGCCAGCCAGAAUAAAACCAGGCAUCUGUUACCUGCCCCAUCCCCUUAUGUAGCUGGUAGUUGCUGCCGAUCCCGUCACAGCUCAGUUGACCAACCUGGGCCUGGGGAGAGGCUUUGACAGCCGUCCCACGCGCCUGUGCUGUGGUCACGCACAGAGGGUUUCCUUUCCAAAAGACACCCAGCGCCGGCGCGUGUGGAAGGUGGGCAGUGCAGUCGGCUGUGAGCAGGUCCUCGCUGCCUGAGGAUCUGAUGAAUUUGCCUAUUCUGGCCCAACUGAAAGAAACAAAAAAACAUUCUACUGACUUCACGUUCUGAUGAAGCCAAGAAAAAUUUAGAAGUGAAGUUGCAGCUGAUACGGGGGAGAAUGGGCAGAUGAGAGCAGGGCAACCACAUGAAUCCCAAAUGCUUAGAUGGUCAACAACGUUUGUAUUUCUGUUUGGCUUUUCUUUUUUUGUUACACUGAUGUAACAUUUGUCUGUUGCUACCUCCACAGGUAGUAGGUAGAAGGAUUUUUCAGAAAUCUUUUUCUGGAACUGUAAGGGUUGUUGAGAAAAUACAGUUCUCUGAGAGGUUGGAGAAACAACUAAACUCUGUGAAGCACUUUGAUAAAGCAUGGUUUCCUGAGAGAAAGGUCAAAGAAAUAGCUGUUUAUCUUGAGCACUUUUAUGAAGCAUGUUGAUUUUUCCCCAGGCUCUUGCCAUCUGAUAUUAAAACCAGAUAAUGACUGUA